CGUUGCCUUCGGGCUCAGUUCGCGUCUGGAGUCCGGAGGGGCAGGUUGUGCGCCGCUGUCUGGCCCGCGGAGCCUGGAAGCCCGCCACCUUCGGUCCCGGUUCUGAGAGGAAGGUGCCCGCCAGGCCUGUCCCUCUCGCCAUCGCGAGCGCGUCGCCAGGGAGAGACGCCGUUGGCGAUUGCGGAAGGAGCCCAGUCCCGAGGGAGGAAGCCAUGUCCGCGGCCGCCGUGUCCAAGUACGUGAACGACAUGUGGCCCGGCUCUCCGCAGGAGAAGGCCUCGCCGUCCGCCUCGGGCUCGGGCCGCUCCAGCCGCCUGUCGUCGCGGUCCCGCAGCCGCUCGUCGUCCCGCAGCUCCGGACCCGCCUCCCGCAGCUCCAGCCGCUCGUCGUCGCGCAGCCGCAGCCGGCCGCGGCGGAGCCGACGCUCCCGCUCCCGCCGGCGCCACCAGCGCAAGUACAGGCGCUACUCGCGGUCGUACUCGCGCAGCCGGUCGCGCUCCCGCGGCCGCCGCGCCUACCGAGACGGCUAUUACGGGCGUCCGCGGAGGCACUACCAGUCGCCCUUGCCCUACCGGUCCCGGAGCAGGUCGCGCUCCCGCGGGAGGUCUCACCACCGGAGGUCCUACUACGCGAUCACGCGCGGCCGGCGCUACUACGGCUUCGGCCGCACCGUGUACCCGGAGGAUCGCCCCAGGUGGAGGGAAAGGUCCAGAACCAGGUCUCGCAGCAGGAGCGGAACCCCCUUCCGCUUAAGUGAGAAAGAUCGAAUGGAGCUGCUAGAAAUAGCAAAAGCCAACGCAGCAAAAGCUCUAGGAACAGCCAACUUUGACUUGCCAGCGAGUCUCCGAAGUGUAGUGAAGGAAACAGCUGUUUCAAGCGGUGGUGCAAAGAUGGAGAAAUCAUGAAUGUGGUCUCCAGACAGUGAUGAAGAAAAUCUGUUGGUAAUUGAUCCAUGGGUUAAAGUGUCAGUUAAUAAGCUUAGUUUUUGUUGAAGGUAGUCCAUGUGCAUGCUAGAGUUUUGGGCUAGGAACUCUUUGUGUAAGGCAGUUUGGCAAUUCAGCCUAGAUACACUGUGUGAUGUUGGGGCAUCUGUGAUCUAGAUGUCCCUCUCAUAAUAUAUGCAAUAUAUUCCAGAUGUUUUGAGAGAUUACAGAAGAAGAGGCCUGCUUCACUUGCAGAUAAGUUAUUACGACUCUCCAGAACUACAAAGGAUGUGCGUUGGCACAUUGCAUCUUACUCCUAAAUUACUAUAUGUGAAACCUGGAACUAAAAAUAAUUGGGCUGGGAAUGUAGCUCAGUUGGUAGAGAGCCUGUCUAGGGUGCACAAUACCUGGAGUUAGUUCCCAGUGCUUGGGAGACAGGAUUGUUCAAGGUCUUCCUUGGACAGCCACGUGAUAGAUACAAGAGACUUGGUCUCAAAGAAUUGCUUUAUAGAAAUUUAAGGUAAACGUUCAUGUUGACAUUGAGCAGUGGUAAUCCCAGAACUCUGGGAGGCAGAGGCAGGUGGAUUGCUGUGAGUUGGAGGCCAGCCUGGGCUACAAAGCGAGUCCAGGACAGCCAAGGCUACACAGAAACAAACCAAAAAACCCAAAAAAGAUAAUAGCAGUACAAUGAAGAUGGUUUGUCUAUUGCUGGGACCUGGGGUGGUGGGGAGCUGCCUAGUAAUUUGCUCAGGCAAGCACCUAAAAGGAGCUCCUUGAUUGACUGACGUGUCUAUUGCAAAUGCCUCACUUUCUUACACAAAGCAUUUUUUUUAAUUGCAUUUGCUCAAAUGGCUUGUAUCAGCAACAGAAAUCAGGUAUUCGUGGGGGAACUGUCUUAUCUCUAAAUCUUACUAAGUGGAAAAUGAGGUUUUUGUUAUUUAGCUUAACUGUGAUCUGUUUGGAAUUUGGUUUUUGUAUGUACAGCUCCAUUUGUGAAAAUUGGGCUGGUUUUAAAUACAAUAUCUGAAAAAUUAAGGCUAUGUUUAAAAUUCUUUUCUCUAGCAUUCAGAAAAGCAGACUGAAGAUGGAUCUAAAAAUCCCAGUGAAAAAUCUUCAACACAAAGAAACAUAGUCUUCAGC